UCUAAACUCAAUCGUUUAGUCUUUGAAACCGAAAAGGAAAGAUGAACUGCUGCAAGCCAACGAAAUCAAAAACUCAAAAAAAGGCAUCACUACCAGAGCCACCAUCAACUCAAGUUCAACAACCUUCAAACCAAGAAACAUUAAUCCCACAAAACAACAAUACUAUUAACGUAAGACACGAUGUUCUUCUGCGAAUCCCAGAAUGCAGGGUUCAUCUCAUGGACGAGGGCGAAGCCGUGGAGCUCGGCGCCGGCGACUUCGAGCUCCAACGAAUAACCGAUGGCAACGUGGCGAUCGCCACCGCUGUGAAGGUCGGGGCGGAGCUGCAGUGGCCGCUGACUAAGGACGAGCCGGUGGUGAAGCUGGACGAGAAGCACUACCUCUUCUCGCUGCUCAUGAACGACGGCACGCCACUCAGCUACGGCGUGGCAUUUGCCAGCGGCGGUUUGGAGGAGUUGGACGCGUUCCUGAGGGAGAAUUGCUCGUUCACGGCGUCAAAGAAGAAGAGAGAUAGUGAUAUCGAUUGGAAGGAGUUUGCGCCGGCGGUGGAUAGUUAUAAUAGCUUCUUGGCCAAGGCUAUAGCUGAUGGCACCGGGUACAUUGUCAAGGGCAUCUUCAAGUGCAGCAAUGCCUAUACUAAUAAGGUGCAGAAAGGAGGGGAAACAAUCCUGAUUCAAGCAGUCGAGGAGAAGAAUAUAGUAGCACCUAACAAAAUUCAGAGCAAUGGAGCAAAGAAAAGCAAAGGCUCCCUGAAUAAGAGCUUGAAACGGGCGAGGAAGCUGUCGAAGAUGACACAGAAAUUAAGCAAAAGUGUGCUUAACGUGGUUGAGAGUGGUACUGGUGCAGUAAUGACGCCAAUUGUUGAAUCCCGGCCGGGGAAGGCCUUCUUGAAUAUGAUGCCGGGAGAGGUGCUCUUGGCUUCCCUUGAUGCACUAAGUAAGUUCAUUCCUAGUUUCUUGUAUCUAAUUGCUACUACCAAUUCCAAUGAGUUUAAGAUCGUAUAUUGUCAAUGCACAGACAAAAUAAUAGACGCAGCUGAGGCUGCUGAAAAGCAAACAAUGGUAGCAACCUCGGGUGCUGUUACAACAGCUGUUACUAAUAGGUAUGGAGAGAGCGCUGGAGAGGCAACAGGGCACGCGUUAGCAACUGCAGGGCAUUGUGUGGGCACUGCUUGGAAUGUAUUCAAGAUAAGGAAAGCCAUCAACCCUGCUACCACUGCAACGUCAAGAGGAGUGCUCAAGAAUGCUGCUAAAUCUGUUGGGAAAUAAAUAUAUAUAACAACUAUGAUAACAGUAUGGAGUUGCCAACAAUAUACUACAGUAUUUUAGAAUAAUUAAUCACAUCUGUUAGAUUCAUUGAAGAAUUAUUUAUUGCUGUAUUGGGUUUUUAAUUCUAUACCUGAUGUUAAGUCCUUCAA